ACAAAAACGCGCUUCUACUGCUGAUAGAGUGUCAUUCACUUGUGUAUUUCACUCAGAUUGCAGUGCGAGUCUACGUGAUGACGUAGAAUGGCACUGAAUGUGGAACUUGUUUUACUACUUUUUGCUGUAUCAGUUGCUGCUGUGAGCGUCAGACCUAGUAGAUCAGGACUCAACUGCAGGGCGCUUUGUGGGAAUGGAAUCAAAUAUGUAUGCUCUACAGAAAACGUUUGCUAUGACAACGAGUGUUUGAUGAUUUGCGACUUGGCCAAAAAAUCAUGUGACGGUAGAUGCCCUUGUACAAAGCCUCAUCUGCAGAGCAUUUUGCCUCCGAACAAAAAGCCACCUCCCACAUGGCCUCCAGUCUACAAGCCACCACACACGAAGAUAUGUAAAUGCAAGCCAGAUGAUGUAAAAUGUCCCUGCAUCAAGUCUCCGAAACCGUCGGUAUGGCCUCCGACCUACAAGCCACCACCCGUAAGGCCAUGUAAAUGCAAGCCAGGUGAUGUUAAAUGCCCUUGCAUCAAAACUCCGCCACCUUUCACCAGGACUUCGACCUACAAGCCACCACACGUAAGGCCAUGUAUAUGCCAUCCAGGUGAUGUUAGAUGUUCUUGCAACAAGACUCCGCCAUCAUCCACAUUGCCUCCGACUUACAAACCACCACCCACAGCACCAUGUAAAUGCAUGCCAGGUGAUGUUAAAUGCCCUUGCAUAAAGACUCCGCCACCUCACGUAUGGCCUCCGACAUACAGACCACCGCCCACAGGGCCAUGUAAAUGCCAUCCAGAUGAUAAAAGAUGUUCUUGCAACAUGACUCCGUCACCACCCACAUUGCCUCCGACUUACGAACAACCACCCACUGCGCCAUGUAAAUGCAAGCUAGGGGAUGUUAAAUGCUCCUGCAUCAAGACUCCGCCACAUUUUGUCUGGCCUCCAACCUACAAACCACCACAUGUAGUGCCAUGUAAGUGCAAGCCAGGUGAUCCUAAAUGCCCUUGCAUCAAGACUCCGCCACAUUUUGUCUGGCCUCCGACCUACAAGCCACCACACGCAAGGCCAUGUAAAUGCAAGCCAGGUGAUGUAAAAUGCACUUGCAUCAAGACUCCGCAACCUUUCACAAGGACUUCGACCUACAAACCACCACCAACAGGACCAUGUAAAUGUCAUUCUGGUGAUAAUAGAUGCCCUUGCAACAAGACUCCGCCACCAUCCACGUUGCCUCCGACUUACAAACCACCACCCACAGCACCAUGUGAAUGCAUGCCAGGUGAUGUUAAAUGCACUUGCAUCAAAACUCUGCCACCUUUCACAAGGACUCCGACCUACAAACCACCAGCAACAGGACCAUGUAAAUGCCAUCCAGGUGAUAACAGAUGCCCUUGCAACAAGACUCCGCCACCAUCCACAUUGCCUCCGACUUACAAACCACCACGCACAGCACCAUGUAAAUGCCAUCCAGGUGAUGUUGAAUGCCCUUGCAUGAAGACUUCACCACCUUUCGUCUGGCCUCCGACCUACGAACCACCACCCACAGCGCCAUGUAAAUGCAAGUCAGAUGAUGUUAAAUGCCCUUGCAUCAAGACUCCGCCACCUUUCGUUUGGCCUCCAACCUACAAACCACCACCCACAGCUCCAUGUAAAUGCAAGCCAGGUGAUGUUAAAUGCCCUUGCAUGAAGACUCCGCCACCUUUCGUCUGGCCUCCGACCUACGAGCCACCACCUGUAGGGCCAUGUAAAUGCAAGCCAGGUGAUGUUAAAUGCCCAUGCAUGAAGACUCCGCCACCUUCCACCUGGACUCCGACAUACAAUCCGCCACCCAGAAGGCCAUGUAAUUGCAUGCCAGGUGAUAUUAAAUGCCCUUGCAUCAAGGCCCCGCCACCUAACGUAUGGCCUCCGACAUACAGACCACCGCCCACAGGGCCAUGUAAAUGCCAUCCAGAUGAUAAUAAAUGUUCUUGCAACAUGACUCCGCCACCAUCCGCAUUGCCUCCGACUAACAAACCACUACCCACAACACCAUGUAAAUGCAUGCCAGCUGAUGUUAAAUGCACUUGCAUCAAAACUCCGCCACCUUUCACAAGGACUCCGACCUACAAACCACCACCAACAGGACCAUGUAAAUGCCAUACAGGUGAUAAUAGAUGCCCUUGCAACAAGACUCCGCCACCAUCCACAUUGCCUCCGACUUACAAACCACCACGCACAGCACCAUGUAAAUGCAAGCCAGGUGAUGGUAAAUGCUCUUGCAUCAAGACUCCGCCACUUUUAACCAGGACUCCAACCUACAAACCACCACCCACAGGAUCAUGUAAAUGCCAUCCAGGUGAUAAUAGAUGCCCUUGCAACAAGACUCCGCCACCAUCCACAUUGCCUCCGACUUACAAACCACCACCCACAGCACCAUGUAAAUGCAAGCCAGGUGAUGGUAAAUGCUCUUGCAUCAAGACUCCGCCACCUUUCGUCUGGCCUCCGACCUACAAACCACUACCCACAGGUCCAUGUAAAUGCAAGCCAGGUGAUGAUAAAUGCCCUUGCAUGAAGACUCCGCCACCUUUCGUCUGGCCUCCGACCUACGAGCCACCACCCGUAGGGCCAUGUAAAUGCAAGCCAGGUGAUGUUAAAUGCCCAUGCAUGAAGACUCCGCCACCUUCCACCUGGCCUCCGAUAUACAAUCCGCCACCCAGAGGGCCAUGUAAUUGCAUGCCAGGUGAUAAUAAAUGCCCUUGCAUCAAGACUCCGCCACCUCACGUAUGGCCUCCGACAUACAGACCACCGCCCACAGGGCCAUGUAAAUGCCAUCCAGAUGAUAAUAGAUGUUCUUGCAACAUGACUCCGCCACCAUCCGCAUUGCCUCCGACUUACAAACCACCACCCACAGCACCAUGUAAAUGCAAGCCUGGUGAUGGUAGAUGCCCUUGUGUCAAGCCUAUGCCACCAUCCACCUUGCCUCAUACCUACAAGCCACCUGCCAUAUGGCAACCAACCUACAAGCCACCUCCCACAGGACCAUGUAAAUGCAAGCCAGGUGAUAUUAAAUGCCCUUGCAUUAAGCCUCUUCUGCCGUCCACCUUGCCUCCGACACACAAACAACCACCUACUCGGCCAUGUAAAUGCAAGCCAGAUGAUGUUAAAUGCCCUUGCAUCAAGACUCCGCCACAUUUUGCGUGGCCUCCGACAUACAAGCCACCACCCGUAGGACCAUGUAAAUGCAAGCCUGGUGAUGGUAGAUGCCCUUGUGUCAAGCCUAUGCCACCAUCCACCUUGCCUCAUACCUACAAGCCACCUGCCAUAUGGCAACCAACCUAUAAGCCACCUCCCACAGGACCAUGUAAAUGCAAGCCAGGUGAUGUUAAAUGCCCUUGCAUUAAGCCUCUUCUGCCGUCCACCUUGCCUCCGACACACAAACAACCACCUACUCGGCCAUGUAAAUGCAAGCCAGAUGAUGUUAAAUGCCCUUGCAUCAAGACUCCGCCACAUUUUGCGUGGCCUCCGACAUACAAGCCACCACCCGUAGGACCAUGUAAAUGCAAACCUGGUGAUGGUAGAUGCCCUUGUGUCAAGCCUAUGCCACCAUCCACCUUGCCUCAUACCUACAAGCCACCUGCCAUAUGGCAACCAACCUACAAGCCACCACCCACAGGUCCAUGUAAAUGCAAGCCAGGUGAUGUAACAUGCCCUUGCAUUAAGCCUCUUCUGCCGUCCACCUUGCCUCCGACACACAAACAACCACCUACUCGGCCAUGUAAAUGCAAGCCAGAUGAUGUUAAAUGCCCUUGCAUCAAGACUCCGCCACAUUUUGCGUGGCCUCCGACAUACAAGCCACCACCCGCAGGACCAUGUAAAUGCAAACCUGGUGAUGGUAGAUGCCCUUGUGUCAAGCCUAUGCCACCAUCCACCUUGCCUCAUACCUACAAGCCACCUGCCAUAUGGCAACCAACCUACAAGCCACCACCCACAGGACCAUGUAAAUGCAAGCCAGGUGAUGUUACAUGCCCUUGCAUUAAGCCUCUUCUGCCGUCCACCUUGCCUCCGACACACAAACAACCACCUACUCGGUCAUGUAAAUGCAAGCCAGAUGAUGUUAAAUGCCCUUGCAUCAAGACUCCGCCACAUUUUGCUUGGCCUCCGACAUACGAGCCACCACCCGUAGGACCAUGUAAAUGCAAGCCUGGUGAUGGUAGAUGCCCUUGUGUCAAGCCUACGCCACCAUCCACCUUGCCUCAUACCUACAAGCCACCUGCCAUAUGGCAACCAACCUACAAGCCACCACUCACAGGACCAUGUAAAUGCAAGCCUGGUGAUGGUAGAUGCCCUUGUGUCAAGCCUAUGCCACCAUCCACCUUGCCUCAUACCUACAAGCCACCUGCCAUAUGGCAACCAACCUAUAAGCCACCUCCCACAGGACCAUGUAAAUGCAAGCCAGGUGAUGUUAAAUGCCCUUGCAUUAAGCCUCUUCUGCCGUCCACCUUGCCUCCGACACACAAACAACCACCUACUCGGCCAUGUAAAUGCAAGCCAGAUGAUGUUAAAUGCCCUUGCAUCAAGACUCCGCCACAUUUUGCGUGGCCUCCGACAUACAAGCCACCACCCGUAGGACCAUGUAAAUGCAAGCCUGGUGAUGGUAGAUGCCCUUGUGUCAAGCCUAUGCCACCAUCCACCUUGCCUCAUACCUACAAGCCACCUGCCAUAUGGCAACCAACCUACAAGCCACCACCCACAGGACCAUGUAAAUGCAAGCCAGGUGAUGUUACAUGCCCUUGCAUUAAGCCUCUUCUGCCGUCCACCUUGCCUCCGACACACAAACAACCACCUACUCGGCCAUGUAAAUGCAAGCCAGAUGAUGUUAAAUGCCCUUGCAUCAAGACUCCGCCACAUUUUGCUUGGCCUCCGACAUACGAGCCACCACCCGUAGGACCAUGUAAAUGCAAGCCUGGUGAUGGUAGAUGCCCUUGUGUCAAGCCUACGCCACCAUCCACCUUGCCUCAUACCUACAAGCCACCUGCCAUAUGGCAACCAACUUACAAGCCACCACUCACAGGACCAUGUAAAUGCAAGCCUGGUGAUGGUAGAUGCCCUUGUGUCAAGCCUACGCCACCAUCCACCUUGCCUCAUACCUACAAGCCACCUGCCAUAUGGCAACCAACCUACAAGCCACCACUCACAGGACCAUGUAAAUGCAAGCCUGGUGAUGGUAGAUGCCCUUGUGUCAAGCCUAUGCCACCAUCCACCUUGCCUCAUACCUACAAGCCACCUGCCAUAUGGCAACCAACCUAUAAGCCACCUCCCACAGGACCAUGUAAAUGCAAGCCAGGUGAUGUUAAAUGCCCUUGCAUUAAGCCUCUUCUGCCGUCCACCUUGCCUCCGACACACAAACAACCACCUACUCGGCCAUGUAAAUGCAAGCCAGAUGAUGUUAAAUGCCCUUGCAUCAAGACUCCGCCACAUUUUGCGUGCCUCCGACAUACAAGCCACCACCCUAGGACCAUGUAA